AUGAGACGUGCUGCCAAACGAGACGCAUACGAUAUAUUAGGUGUAAAUAAAUCUGCCUCCGCUUCAGAUAUCAAAAAGGCCUACUAUCAGGCUGCCAAACAAUACCAUCCAGACACAAACAAGGAAGCUUCUGCAAAGGAAAAGUUUGUAGAAAUCCAAGAAGCUUACGAAAUGCUAUCGGAUGACCAGAAAAGAGCUGCGUAUGAUCAAUUUGGCUAUAGUGGUACUCAACAAGGUCCAACUGGAGCAGAAGGUUUCCAGGGUGGAGGCUUUCCAGGUGGAUUUCCAGGAGGAUCAGGCGCAUUCAGCCAAGAGGAUUUAUUCGAGCAACUAUUUCGAGGGUUUGGUGGAUCUGGAGGACGAAGGCAAACCAAUCCAUUCGGCUUUGGCUAUGGAUCUGCUUCAGCCAGUCAAAUCGGUGAUGACAUAACAGAAAGCAUGUCGGUCUCAUUUAUGGAGGCUGCUAAAGGUGCUUCCAAACCAUUAUCAUAUACAUCUAUAAUGAAGUGUGGGGAAUGUACCGGAUCAGGUCUGAGGCCUGGGCAAAAGAAGAGAACAUGCGAGACUUGUGGUGGAACAGGGUCAAAUGUAUUUGUGCAGGGAGCAUUCCGAAUGGCUACUACUUGCUCGACGUGUGGUGGAAGUGGAAGCUAUGUACCCAACUCUGCUCGGUGUCGUAAAUGCUCUGGAAAGGGGGUCGUUCAGGAAUCGAGAACUGUUCAAGUAAAUAUUCCAGCAGGCGUGGACCACGGCAUGAAGGUGCGACUGGCUCGACAGGGUCACGCACCAAUAGAAAGUGACGGUCCUCCUGGAGACCUGUAUGUACAGUUGAUUGUAACACCCCAUCCACAAUUCAAACGAGAUGGAUCCGAUAUUCUCACCACCGUAAAUAUUCCCUUAUCUGUCGCUCUACUCGGAGGCAAAGUGACUGUACCCACUAUCGAUGGUGACAUAGAAAUGAACCUUCCACCGGGCCUGCAGCCAGAUGAGAAGAAAGUCUUGACGAAGAAGGGAGUGGUACGAGUUGGUAGGCCAGAUGGAGCUAGAGGUGAUGAAUGGAUUACAUUUAAAAUAGGAAUACCAAAGACAUUGACGGAUGCACAACGUCGUCUCAUAGCAACUGCUUUUGGUUCGUCUGAUCCACCAGAAUCAUCAUCGUCGUCGUCAACGUCAUCGUCGAGUAGUAAAUCGUCAAACCCUUCAUCAACGGCAUCGUCGAGCUCAAGCACAAAGAACGAAAGUACGAGUCCCGAUUCUUCAAAAACUGAUAAUACAGAGUCUGCAACAAAGAGCUCCAUCUUCACAAAGAUAAAACGAGGCUUGGGAGUGACAGAGUAA